UGACCUUCACGACGAUGAUGAUGAGGAGGAGGAAGAGGAGUCUCUCCCAUUUUUGUCGUUGAAUAUUUGUGAAUUGCGGAUCACCACAAGACCAUUUCCUUCUCUCUUUGCAAUCUUCACCUCUCUUCUUUGCCUUCUUGCUGCAACCCUUUCUUCUGCAACGCACUUCAAUUCUCUCUCACUCUAUCUAUCUUCGCACAACCCUUUUGCACGUUGGAGCGGAUUUCAAUUCUCUCUGAUCCUGUGUCUCUGGCUAGCUAGCUAGGUGGUGGUUCUCGUCAAGCUGCCAUCUGGGUUUCGCCACCGUUGAUGUCUUUGGCCAUUGGGGUGGUUUCCACGGCAAAAAGCAUGGGUUUUGAUGACAAAGGCAAGGAGGGUGCACCUGAAACGCAGCAGGCCGGAAAAACGGCUCACGAGGAGGAAAGUGGCGACGAACGAGGGACGAGUCUCAGUAGACACAUGAGUGAAGGCUCCGCUGCUGUCACCGAGGAUGAAGAAGAGGAUGUCGAGAGGAAGAUCGACUUGGGUCCCCAGUGCACUUUGAAAGAGCAACUCGAAAAGGAUAAGGAUGAUGAGAGCUUGAGGAGGUGGAAGGAACAGCUUCUUGGCAGUGUUGACAUUAACGCUGUUGGUGAAUCUCUGGAGCCGGAAGUGAAGAUCCUGAGCCUUGCAAUCAAGACAGCUGGUAGAGAAGACAUUGUUCUUCCCAUACCAGAGUCAGGAAAUCCGGAGGGUUUAUGGUUUACUCUGAAAGAAGGAAGCCGUUACAGUCUGAUGUUCACUUUCCAGGUGAGCCAUAAUAUUGUUUCAGGUCUCAAAUACACCAACACUGUAUGGAAAACCGGUCUCAAGGUUGACAGCACCAAAGAGAUGAUUGGAACAUUCAGCCCUCAAGCAGAACCUUACACGCAUGAGAUGCCCGAAGAGACAACACCAUCAGGGCUUUUUGCUAGAGGGACAUAUUCAGCUAGAUCCAAGUUUGUCGAUGACGAUAACAAGUUGUAUUUGGAGAUCAACUACACUUUUGAUAUUAAGAAGGAUUGGGCUUAGGAGUGAACUCACCUCUUCCACCAAUGAUGCUUAAUCAUUAGUUCUUGUUAUUUGAGUUGAAUUCGCCUUCACUGUUUA